AUGGAACUGUACAAAACUCGUCUUUUCCCUCAUUCUCUCCCUUCUUCACCUAUCACUACUCCUUUAUCCAUCCUCGAUGCUACCGUCGCGCGAUUUGCUCCAGCAGGCGCAAUUUGGCUAUUCGAUAGUUUCCCCGAGAACGUUCCAGAAACAGAAUUUAUCAAUGGUCUCCAAUCCUCAUUUUUGCAAACACUAUCGGAUUACCCCCAAUGGGCUGGUCAGCUGCAAUGGGCCCCAGUUCGAGAGAAUGGCCCUUACACUGAGCGCUUCAACCGGCCCAUGAUCGUCUAUGGGGAGCCCAAUGACCCUGGAGUUGAGUGGCGUGUCCUCAAACGAGACGACAUAUCAAUCGGAUCGCUAGUCCCUUCAGCCAUGGAACGAGCAGAUGCAGGGACCUGGAACGGGGACGGUUUUCCCCAGGGAGAUUUCCUGAGUGAAACCCCCUUGGCAUUGCAUGAUCUGCACGAAUACCAGGGAUUACCCGGUGUGCAAGUGCAAAUCACACUAUUCAAGGACAGCGGAUACGCCAUUGCAAUUCGAAUGGCUCAUGUCCUGGCUGAUGCCCAGACGUUGAUGGUGUUUGUACAUCAGUGGGCGGCUGCAAGUAGAGCGGCGUUUGGUUCAAAAUACACAGAAUCAUUGAUGGGCGCUCCAGUCUUUAAACCAGCGCUCUUGGACGCCCAUGCUGGCGGGGAUAUUGAUGGCCCAGCGCCGGAUCCGGGACUGAUUGCGACAGCGCGUGAACUGCCACUGCACCGGUUCGACUGGUGGAAGACGGAUGACCCGGGAUAUCCGAAGGUAAUGGUGCCCAGUACGCUGAACUCGAUGCCUUCUCCUGAGCUACUGGACGGCAUCGAACUCUCUCCGUCGACAUCUGCACCAUGGAUGUCGUGGGACCUGUCCAGGCCAGCUUGCUACACCCAGAUCCAUUUUUCGGGGGAUCAGCUUGCAGAUCUCAAACGGAAAGCGCUGGCUGAAGGUCGAGGCGAUAUAUCCCGUCUCGACGCAUUAUUAGCCCACCUCUGGAUUUCCAUCAACCGCGCCAGGAGUCUCGCUGAUUGCCCCGACUCCGUCUUCCUAGAUCUUUCUAUCGGCGCUCGAACCCGCGUCUCUCCUCCUCUCCCCGACACAUUUCUCGGAUCACCGCUCUUCCUCGCUCAUGUUGGCGCCUCAGCAAAGGCUCUUUGUGCUGCGUCCAUCGGAGCUAUCGCCAGCCAAAUUCGACAGACAGUGGCCCUAUUCACGCCGGAGAAGAUUGGCGCGAUGCUCCACGACGGCGCGUACGAGAUCUCCCCGCAGCGGCUGUGGCAAGCGUUCUUGGGGUCUCGACAUGUCCUUGUAACCUCCUGGCUGCGACUGAAAGUGUACAAAGUGGACUUUGUGGGCAAUGGAAACCGUCCGCGGUAUGUGCAUGCCGUUCUGCCCAAGUUAGAUGGGGAGGUGCAGGUAAUGGAAUCGGGGGUUGAUGAUAACGGGAUGGAUGUGGCACUGUAUCUGGAGGAAGAGGUCAUGGAGAGGCUCCUGGCUGGACAAGCGCAAUUCACGGCGUAG